AAAGAACACAAAAAGAAAAAAAAGAAAUAACGCAUACCUUCAUGUUUCCACAUCAUUGAUUGAUUGCCAACUCUGUUUUUGCCUCCUCCUUCUCUUCUUCCCAAUAAUUCAGUAAUCAACAUUUUCCCUCCACCUCUUUGUCCUCUUACUAAUCACCAAAAUGACCGGUUUCUUCUGCGUUCAUUGAUCAACCUGCCCACUUACUGUUUCUUCUUCUUCUUCUUGUUCUGUUGUUGGGUGGUGGGUUUGAGCUGAUUGGUCGAUUUUUCAUGGGCAUUAACUUUGUACCUUCUUUCCACCUUCCUUCCUUCCUCGUUCUUCAUCAUCAAUGGCGGAUUAUUCCCUUUUCUCUUCGUUUUUGAGUCUCCAUAGAUUGCCCAUUACUCGAUUUGAUCUAUUGCUCAUCUUACUUCAUUCACUUUUAUAGCUUUUGCCUCUUUCACCGGGUUUUCCGGUUUCUCUCUGUCUACCGUUCAGUUCCCGAGAUUUUUGAGAGUUAACGAAGCGACCCUCGAUUGGUUUCUUUUGAUUUCAGUUGGGUUCAUUGCAGAGAGGUGAAGAGUUAUCAUGGCAUCUGUGUUUCUGUAUCAUGUGGUUGGGGAUCUGACAGUAGGAAAGCCAGAGAUGACGGAGUUUUAUGAGACGGAGACGAUUGAAACAGCGAUUAGGGUGAUCGGAGAGUCGACGGAGUGUGGGGUACCGAUUUGGAAGAGGAAAACUCAUGUGGGAAUUAUUGAGAAUGCUGAAAUGAAACAGCAGAGGUUUGUGGGAAUUCUCUCUUCUUUGGAUAUUGUUGCAUUUUUGGCUCGAUCCGAGAAUCUAGAGGAUCAAGAAAGGGCAAUGAAGGCCCCGGUUUCGGAGGCUGUCGUUCCCAAUUAUUCAUUGUUGAGGCAGGUGGAUCCUGCAACAAGAUUGAUUGACGCAUUGGAAAUGAUGAAGCAAGGAGUGAGGCGUCUUCUAAUCCGAAAAAGUGUGGUAUGGAAAGGAAUGAGCAAACGGUUUUCUAUUCUCUAUAAUGGUAAAUGGUUGAAGAACAUUGAUACCCCUGGCAAUAGCAGCAAUAACCUCAAUUUAAAUCCUAACCGCCCAUCAUCAUCUUCCACAUCCACCAGUCACGAUAAGUUUUGUUGUCUCUCAAGAGAAGACGUCAUCCGUUUCCUUAUUGGUUGCCUCGGUGCCCUUGCACCUCUCCCUCUUUCCUCCAUCUCUACUCUAGAAGCCAUCAACCCAAACUACUGCUCAAUUGAUGCCUCGACCCCUGCGAUCGAUAUUUCUCAUAAGCUUCCUGAUGAUCCCGUUGCAGUUGCUGUUGUAGAAAACAUACAUGACAAUCAAUACAGGAUAAUUGGAGAGAUUUCAGCCUCCAAACUCUGGAAAUGUAAUUACUUGGCUGCUGCUUGGGCUUUAGCCAAUCUUUCUGCUGGGCAGUUUGUGAUGGGAGUAGAAGACAACAUGACCUCACGAAUGGUCCCCGAUCUAUCCACUAACGGUAACGUUGAUGAGAACGACUCUGCAAAUGGUGGUGGAGCAACACGAGCAAGGAAAUUCAGCAGUAGAAGUAUCGGAUUCAACCCGUUGAGCCGAGCAUUCAGGAUCAAUCGGAGCAUGUACCGGGGAAGAAGUGCUCCUUUGACAUGUAAAGUAACAAGUUCAUUAGCUGCUGUUAUGGCUCAGAUGCUUUCCCAUAGGGCAAGCCAUGUUUGGGUUACUGAGGAUGAAAAUGAUGAUAUUUUGGUUGGAGUUGUGGGCUAUGCUGAUAUUUUAGCUGCUGUUACUAAGCAGCCUACGUCGUUUAUACCAGCUAAUCGAUCCUUCGAGACGCUUGGAAAUUCUAUUCAAAGCUAAUACUUUUUUCUCAUAAAAUUCUACUGCUAUUUGUACUUACUAUACAUAUAUAUAGAUGUGUAUAUGAGAGAGUUUUGAGCUUCUUGUAAACUUGUUGCUUUUGAUCGCUUUUAAAUGUUUUACAAUUUUUGGUAAUGGAAUUCCUCCUCUCCCACAAAACCACAUUUUUUUUCUCUUUCUUUGAUGAACAAAUUUGGAGUCUAGUUUUCAUUUUA